AUGUAUAUCAAAUUUUGCCGGAUUGUAGGAAGUGGAGGAAAUGCCAAAUUACCAGAUGAGGCAAACACAAAGUUAUCGGUUGAAGUGAAGGAACAGCAAGAGAAAGGUAGGCAGAAUUUCAAUUGUUGCUCGUAGUGAUUGCUAUAUAACAAAGGGCCAUUCACACCAAGAACGAUACCUAUAACGACAUGUCCUCUUUUUGGACCUAAAAAAAUGUGUCCGGCCGGGAUUUCUAAAUCGCCCAAAAUGUCCGGGAUUCGGCUUUUGCUUUCUACAGUCGCCAUUCAUUGUGUGCGUUUUGGGUUUUUUGCAUUGCUUUGACCUUUCUCUUUAGGUCCCGCCUUCUCAAUCAUUACCCUCACCAUGGCAACAGCCAAGAGACAGAACAGCAGCUUGCUUGUCAACAGUGGCACAUGGCUCUAGAACAGCGUAAAAAUGCCCAAACGCAAAUGUAAAUUCACAGACGAUUUACAGAGAAAAUUCCUGUGUUUUCGUCUUGGUCGGGAUCCGUGUGAAGCAGAAUGCAUGAUCUGCAAAGCUGGCACGUACGUGUCAGUGUCAAAUAAAGGUGCUAGCGACCUAGAAGCCCACAUAAACUCAGCAAAACACAAAAUUGCAGCUAAAGGAGAGAGUUCGUCAGGUAAAUUAAUUGACUAUUUUGUGAGGGCAGGUAAAACAGAAGAUGCUGUUACUGCUGCAGAGGGAGUUUUUGCAUUCCACACCACGAAGCAUCACAAUAGCUACAGAUUAAUGGACUGCACAUCUGCCUUGUUAAAAACGGCUUCCCUGAUUCCGAGACUGCGCGAAAAUGUUGAAGCGCUCGUACUAAGACCAAAGCAAUUGUCAACGCUGUGAUAGCACCACAUUCUGUCGACAUACAGUGAGGGAAAAAAGUAUUUGAUCCCCUGCUGAUUUUGUAUGUUUGCCCACUUACAAAGAAAUUAUCAGUCUAUAAUUUUAAUGGUAGGUUUAUUUGAACAGUGAGAGACAGAAUAACAACAACAAAAAAUCCAGAAAACGCAUGUCAAAAAUGUUAUAAAUUGAUUGGCAUUUUAAUGAGGGAAAUAAGUAUUUGACCCCCUCUCAAUCAGAAAGAUUUCUGGCUCCCAGGUGUCUUUUAUACAGGUAACGAGCUGAGAUUAGGAGCACACUCUUAAAGGGAGUGCUCCUAAUCUCAGUUUGUUACCUGUAUAAAAGACACCUGUCCACAAAAGCAAUCAAUCAAUCAGAUUCCAAACUCUCCACCAUGGCCAAGACCAAAGAGCUCUCCAAGGAUGUCAGGGACAAGAUUGUAGACCUACACAAGGCUGGAAUGGGCUACAAGAUCAUCGCCAAGCAGCUUGGUGAGAAGGUGACAACAGUUGGUGCGAUUAUUCGCAAAUGGAAGAAACACAAACAAACUGUCAAUCUCCCUCAGCCUGGGGCUCCAUGCAAGAUCUCAUAUCGUGGAGUUGCAAUGAUCAUGAGAACGGUGAGGAAUCAGCCCAGAACUACACGGGAUGAUCUUGUCAAUGAUCUCAAGGCAGCUGGGACCAUAGUCACCAAGAAAACAAUUGGUAACACACUACGUCGUGAAGGACUGAAAUCCUGCAGCGCCCGCAAGGUCCCCCUGCUCAAGAAAGCACAUAUACAGGCCCGUCUGAAGUUUGCCAAUGAACAUCUGAAUGAUUCAGAGGAGAACUGGGUGAAAGUGUUGUGGUCAGAUGAGACCAAAAUUGAGCUCUUUGGCAUCAACUCAACUCGCCGUGUUUGGAGGAGGAGGAAUGCUGCCUAUGACCCCAAGAACAUCAUCCCCACCGUCAAACAUGGAGGUGGAAACAUUAUGCUUUGGGGGUGUUUUUCUGCUAAGGGGACAGGACAACUUCACCGCAUUAAAGGGACGAUUGACGGGGCCAUGUACCGUCAAAUCUUGGGUGAGAACCUCCUUCCCUCAGCCAGGGCAUUGAAAAUGGGUCGUGGAUGGGUAUUCCAGCAUGACAAUGACCCAAAACACACGGCCAAGGCAACAAAGGAGUGGCUCAAGAAGAAGCACAUUAAGGUCCUGGAGUGGCCUAGCCAGUCUCCAGACCUUAAUCCCAUAGAAAAUCUGUGGAGGGAGCUGAAGGUUCGAGUUGCCAAACGUCAGCCUCGAAACCUUAAUGACUUGGAGAAGAUCUGCAAAGAGGAGUGGGACAAAAUCCCUCCUGAGAUGUGUGCAAACCUGGUGGCCAACUACAAUAAACGUCUGACCUCUGUGAUUGCCAACAAGGGUUUUGCCACCAAGUACUAAGUCAUGUUUUGCGGAGGGGUCAAAUACUUAUUUCCCUCAUUAAAAUGCAAAUCAAUUUAUAACAUUUUUGACAUGCGUUUUUCUGGAUUUUGUUGUUGUUAUUCUGUCUCUCACUGUUCAAAUAAACCUACCAUUAAAAUGAUAGACUGAUCAUGUCUUUGUCAGUGGGCAAACGUACAAAAUCAGCAGGGGAUCAAAUACUUUUUUUCCCUCACUGUAUGUAUCCACUAGAAAGCAAGCCAGUGUGUUCACGCAAUGUAGGCUAUGCUGUACAUUUUCAUAUCUAAUCUCAAUAUUUACUGAUGGGAGCAAUCACGGUGCUGUGAAAAUAUUCCCUCUGCUUGUUCAGUAUUUUGAUUGGAAGAAUGGUGGCGUGCAAAGUAUUAGUCGAAGUUAAAAACACUCCAAAUGAGACAGCUGAUAUGAUCGCGCAAUACAUCAAAGAAACACUGGAAAAUAAUGGGAUUUUUUCAAAAUGGAUUGCAUUUACAGGUGACAACUGCAAUACAAUGUUCGGGGGAAUCCGGCGGGAUGAAGAAGGAAAGAAUGUUUUCGCAAAUUUAAAGAAGUCAUUGCAGAACAAAUAUUUUUAAUCGGUGUGGGCUUCCCAGCACACGUCUUGAACAAUUGUGUUCAUUACGGGGCAGACACACUAGAUGUCGAUAUUGAGAACAUAAUCUUCAAAAUAUGUCAAUACUUUAAAUGUGCGCACAGAGAAUCUGAAGGAGUACUGUGAAUUUGUUGAUGUUGAAUACAGAAGUCCCAGGUAUUGAGAGGCUGCUACAGAUGUUUCCAGCCUUGAAAGCAUUAUUUUUGUCACAGGAAAAAACACCCUCCUUGAUCAAUACGUUUUUUUGAAGAUGAGUUCAGUGAAAUUUACCUCUGGCACAUGCACUCACUCAUGUGUGUGUUUCAUUCACACAUUCGGGAGAGCAAUUCAAUUGUGGAAGUGAAUAACCUUUUCAACAAAGUCCACACCAUGCUUCUUGAACGCAAGACCAAUAACUUCAUGUCCCUUAAAGUUAAGGGACUAUUGGCAAAAAAGCACAAGGAUGGACUUUUCAGUGCUCAAGUACAGGGUCUGUACAGAUCAUUACAUUUUACUCAUUUAGCAGACGCUCUUAUCCAGAGCGACUUACAGUUAGUGAGUGCAUACAUUUUUAUUUUAUUUUUAUACUGGCCCCCCGUGGGAAUUGAACCCACAACCGUGGCGUUGCAAACGCCAUGCUCUACCAACUGAGCUACAUCCCUGCCGGCCAUUCCCUCCCCUACCCAAUUGUGCGCCGCCGCAUGGGUAUCCCGGUCGGAGCCGGCUACGACAGAGCCUGGAUUCGAACCAGGAUCUCUAGUGGCACAGCUAGCACUGCGAUGCAGUGCCUUAGACCACUGCACCACUCGGGAGGUGCCUGGAGUAUCUGGAGAAAUGGAUGGCACCCAUGGAGGAGUUCUCCUCUUUCAUGUGGAUGGAUCUGAGUGAGACACCUGACUGGAAUGACAUAGAAGCCUGUAUCAAACACCUGGGAGGAAAGGGGGUGCCAAUUGAUGAUGCAAAGUGCUUUGAUCAGGUCACCAACCUGAAGAAAUUCACAGAAAGGUGUAACAGUGAUGGAGAGUUCAGUAAUCUGCAAGCACACAAGAAGUGGACCAAAUAUUUUGAAAGGUCCAAAAACAUAGAUUUUCAUUCAGAGCUACUGAAGAUUGCACAGUUUUUCUUUGCUAUUCCUUCUCACAAUGCAAAUGUAGAGAAUUUAUUUUUUCACUGAUGCAAAGCCAGUGGACAAAGGAAAGGAAUCACUUGUCUGUUGAGUCACUGAAGGGGCUUCUGUGUACACAAUACAACUUUAAAAACAUGUCUUGCAAAGACUUUCAUACCUACUUGAUUGGUAAUCAAGGACUGUUGGGAAAGAUUCGAUCUUCGGGAAAGUAUACCAGAGAGCAUCAGGAGGACUGACAUUAUUUUUGACUGAAAUAGUGGAUUUUUUUAUGACAACUGUUUAUUUUAUUUUAUUUUAACCUAUGGCCAUGAAAAGAAACAGUGUCAUGUAAAAGGUGUUAAAAGCUAAACUAUUUUUUGUUGUUGUUGUUAUUAUUCUAUUGUUGAGGGCCAACAGUUGAAUGGAAAGGAUGUAUUACUUUAUGUAUUAAAGUUCAAUAACAUAGUUGCAUGGUUGUGAACGCAUUUGUAUUUACCACCCACUGCGGGUGUCCGUCUGCCUCCCGCUCCCACUGUCCUCUUUUUUGAAAACAAAAAUAUGGUCACCCUAUAUAACGAACUAUAACAUCAAACAAUUAACAAUUAAAAUAGUUAUAAUUCUAGUGAACAGGAGCGUUCAUACUACAACGAUAACUACAAAAAGAGUGGAGAACGAUAACGACAUCUAUCUAUCGUUUGGAUCACUUUCAGAGCGACGAUAAAACAUUGACAACCAAUCAAAAAUACGUUAUAUUGGAGGGUUCUUGGUUCUAGCUGGUUUAGGCUGCUCAGAGGAGAGAAGAGCGCACAGUAAACUUGCCUGAUAUAGGAGGAUUUGGGAGAAUGAUGAUCAAAGACAAACAGCGCAUAUCAGUAUAAGAAGGCCAUAUUUUCCGAUGGUAUCUGAUAACGCCAAUACAUCCUGACAAAGUACACACAAUGACUGGCUUGCUAAUGUGCCUAUCGGAACCUUGUCAACUGUCGAGAAAAGACCCAUUACUAAUCCAAAUGGUUGCCUAAUCCGGUCUAGGAUAGAUUAUUAUUAUUUCGGAAUGAAACAUGCAUUCAAAACGCAAGGCUUUUUAGCGGUUAUUGAAAUGAUAAAUAAAUGUUUAUACACUGAGUGUACAAAACAUUAGGAACACCUGCUCUUUCCAUGACAUAGACUGCCCAUGUGAAUCCAGGUGAAAACUAUGAUCCCUUAUUGAUGUCACCUGCUAAAUCCACUUCAAGCAGUGUAAAACCUCUUAAGUUGACAGUCCCCGAAAUCGGGCACUAGAAUUACUUUAAAAAUAUGUAUAUGUUUACAUGACGUAUUUUAUUGACAGCCAUCCAGACCUUCCUAGGACCAUGUCAACGUCCUCUAUCGAAUAAACUUGUAUUUGCCUCCCUCUGGUGGUCGGCUGCAUCAUUACAUCAAUUUAUAUCACUUCACUGCAACGUUAGGUCAAAGGGGCGGUCCUUAGAAAAACAUUUAUCCAGCUUGACUGCUUCACGGCACAGACAUGGCAAAGCAAUCGCUGAAUUUGUCUCGAGCCGGCGGAACUAAAUACAUAACAUUCAUAGCUCUACGAUAAAGAAUGUGACGUACACACUUCCUUCAACCUAAAAUAAGUAAAGAAGUAAUUUUGUGUGGAAGUCAAACAUUUUACGUCGGAGGCAGACACAUUGCAUAUGCGCAGAAUGACAAAAUGGAGCCCUUUACAUAGCCCUUGUCCCCUUGUCUAUAGGAGGGACGCACACUGUUUAAAUUGCCCAAAUGUUGAUUUAGACGUUCACAAAUCUAACAGAUUUGGACUAUCACUCAUGUCAUGAUAUGUUUGGUCAAGUAAUAAAGAAGGUAAAAUAUUUUGGGUAGAUGUUCCUUUAACAUUAUAACUAUAUAUGGACAUAUUAUAAAGUAUGAAAAGGCUUAUUCAUUCACAAUUUAAAAAAACAUCUUAUUUUCAUAUUUGUAUAUGUUUUAUUAUACCUGUAUUGUGUACUAGAUCAUAUGGGUUGAAAAGUGUUUUUUUCUCAGACAUAAAUAAACUAUUCCAGGUGGCCCCGUGUAGCUCAAUUGGUAGAGCAUGGCGUUUGCAAUGCCAGGGUUGUGGGAUCGAUUCCCACGGGGGGCCAGUAUGAAAAAAUGUAUGCACUCACUAACUGUAAGUCGCUGGAUAAGAGCGUCUGCUAAAUGACUAAAAUGUGAAAGCCAAAGGUCAUAGCUUUCUGGGGGGAACACUACUACAUUAAUAAAAUAUUGCCCUCUUGCUAGAUUGAUGACGAAAACCAUAGCAAAACAGUGCAAAACGGCUGUCAACUCAGAAGGAGUUUUAAGCCUUGAGACAACUGAGACAUGGAUUGUGUGUGUGCCAUUCAGAGGGUGAAUGGGCAAGACAAGAUUGAAGUGCCUUUGAACGGGGGAUGGUGGUAGGUGCCAUGCGCCCCGGUUUGAGUGUGUCUACAACUGAAACGCUGCUGGGUUUUUCAUGCUCAACACUUUCCUGUGUGUAUCAAGAAUGGUCCAGCACCCAAAGGACAUCCAGCCAACUUGACACAACUGUGGGAAGCAUUGUUAUCGGUAUGGCCCUUAAGACUAUUCUUUCCUUGUCUAGACCUGCAGGUCCUGGGGAACGUGGGUCUGUACCGCGCAGUGUGCUUACUACUGUCCAUCAUCUGUCUGGUUCUACUGCUCGUCAUCAUCAUCCUCUGUGUCAAAUGUGAGUAUCAUAGACAUUCUAUUCUAGAAUAGUGAUUUAGAAACAGAAUAUCCAGCAUGUUGGGUUAGAUAGCCUUCUAAGCAAGAAAUAACUAAACAAAUGUGUAAUAUGACACCAUUCUCUUAUACUUUCUUUCUUUCUUUCUUUCUUUCUUUCUUUCUUUCUUUCUUUCUUUCUUUCUUUCUUUCUUUCUUUCUUUCUUUCUUUCUUUCUUUCUUUCUUUCUUUCUUUCUUUCUUUCUUUCUUUCUUUCUUUCUUUCUUUCUUCAUUAUUCUCUAGUUCCAUCCCAGCCUCUGGUCUGUCAUGGGACUGAAAAAGGGAUUGAGGCUAAAGAGGAGGGGAGUGUGAAUGAAAAAGGGAUUGAGGCUAAAGAGGAGCGGUUCCAGUCCACUGAGGUGUGCAGCCUGCAGACAUGCCAAGCACAAUACUUCCAGCAACAGAGCCAGGGUGAGUCCACUACUGUAGUGUGUUAGUCUAAUGUAGCCUAUUAAACUAUAUCUCUCUACAUAUUGUAUCAAUGUAUCAAUCUAAUGCUUUGAGAUGUAUUGUACCACUACAAUGUUUUCUCUUAGACUUUAUACCAUGCUAAUAACUAAUUAUUUUAUCUAAAUUUAUUAACUGAACCUUAUGUUGUACUUUAAGAGUAAUUUCCCUCCUUUCCUCCAGUCCCUGGCUGCCAUACGUGUGAUAAAGGCUGGCUGCACUUUGAGAGCUCCUGCUACUUCCUCUCCAGAGACAGAUUGAACUGGGACGAGAGCAGGGACGAGUGUAAGAAGAGAGGGGCAGAUCUGGCCGUCAUAACAAACAAAACAGUGCAGGUGGGUCUACUACAACUGUCACUCUUUUCUGCCUCUUUUUUCUCUUUGUAUAACAGUGACCAUACAAUGAUGAUAGGAAAGCAACAGUGAUUGAUUGACAAUCAUACAUAACAGUAAGAUUGACUAAGGAUACUAAUAGUCCAAUAAAAACUGUGUAAAAACAAAUCAUUGUCCCAGACCUUUCUGACGGCGAAGGGGAACCUGAUGUACUGGAUUGGUCUGAGACAGAGAACCAGGAACUGGGUUUGGGUCAACAACACUGCACUGGCACAGAGGUGAGACAACCGAUGAUGAUAACAAAUGUAAUGUUUUAGUAUGGACAGUACUGAGCUGUUCCCUUUCCUCUCAUUGGUAGUUACUGGUCAGGAUCCAACAGACAAGGGGAUUGUGGGUUACUGACAGGAAGGGAUCCUCCUGAGAGAAGCUGGAGCUCGUCAUCAUGUGACCAGUACAGCUUCUACAUCUGCCAGAGGGGGCGCUAAAGGACAGACUACACCAUCUGCCAGCAGUCACCAACCCUGGUCCUGGAGCGCUAUAUGAUGUACAGGCUUUUGUUCCAGCCCACCAGUAAGACACAUGAUUUACCUAGUCAAUGAAUCACCUUGAUUAGCUGAAUCAUUUAAGUGUUGUACACCAUGUAGCUCAGCAGGGUUGGUGGCUACUGCCAUAUGCCAACUAAGAAACUGGCAAUUCGGCUUCUCUUUAGACUUCCAUCUAUCAUUCACUCCUAUUCCAUAGCCUUUUAUACCAUGAUUACACAUCUCUAUCAAUAGCCUUUUACACCUUGAUUAUAUACUUUUUGACAUACGUCUAUGUUAUAAUUCAUUCAUUAGACAUCCAGGUAUGACCUAGAUUACAGUUAUUUAUGCCUUAAGAAGAAUAAUCAAGUCAGCCUGCCAGUUUCAGUUAGAAUUUGCACUAAUGUUAAAGAUUAACACUAUAUAUUGCACUUAUUUGCUUGUUUUGGUGAGAUGUUUCUAUAUGUUUUUUUUAAUGACUUUGAAUGUAAUAAUGAUCUACAUUAUUAUGUGCAUUAACCAAUCAUUAGGUUUUAUGUUCUGAUUUACAAUCCUGAAAGGAAAAAAAGUUUUAUAUAAUUUGUUCCUGUAAUAAAGAAUCAGUUAAUAUACUGUCUAG